CUGUCUAAAUAGCGGAGCUUCUCUCCACUGAAGCACUCCUUCAUUCCCCCACCCGAGGAUGGAGGAGCUGGAUGGCGAGCGGGCGAUGGUCUGUCUUUGAAGUGACGGACACGCGCGCACCGGGCACCUCUCCUCACGCUUUCCUAGAGACACCUUUAGACACGGUUUCUUCAGUCUUCGAAUCUCUUUUGCGUGGAUUAUGUGCGGGCGGGCGGCGGGGACGGAGUGCGUCGAAGUGAGCGCGCGUAUCCAACAAGUGGAUGCGUGAGGCUGCUCGCAGCAAACAGACGCUGGGACUGAAAAACUCAUAACCAACCAAAUGCAUCGACGAGCUACAAAACAAGCGUACCGAUUAGUCGGUAUCUAACCUGCAGAUGUGGAGCUUGUCUUGGUUGGUGGUGAUGUGUUAUUUAAUCUGGUGAUUUCGUGUCAGGACAUUUUGCAGGAGGAAAAAAAAAAAAACCCACACAACUACAGCGAGGAACGCAGGUGGCAACCAAAGGUUGCAGUCAUGCCGAUGCACCCAGUGACCUCCACGCUGAUGUACCGGGGCAUCUGCACCAUCCCGGACAUCCUCUCCUACAGCGCCCCGGUGAACCUGCCCGAAGACGAAGUUGAAGAGAUCCGCGAGGCCUUUAAAGUCUUCGACCGCGAUGGGAACGGGUUCAUCUCAAAGCAGGAGCUGGGGAUGGCCAUGCGCUCCCUGGGCUACAUGCCCAACGAGGUGGAGCUGGAAGUCAUCAUCCAGAGGCUGGACAUGGACGGCGACGGCCAGGUGGACUUUGAGGAGUUUGUCACUCUUCUGGGCCCAAAGCUGACGGCAGCUGGGUUGCCGGAUAAGUUCAACGGCACUGACUUUGACUCCGUUUUUUGGAAGUGUGACAUGCAGAAGUUAACGGUGGAAGAGCUGAAGAGGCUCCUCUACGACACCUUCUGCGAUCACCUUUCCAUGAAAGACAUCGAGAACAUCAUCAUGACGGAGGAGAACCACAUAGAGAAUCCCGGGGAAUGCCAGGUGGACAUAGACACUUCCAGCCCGACGCAGCAUGUCAAGCAAACAUGCGUCCGCAAGAGCCUGAUAUGCGCCUUCGCCAUCGCUUUCAUCAUCAGCGUCAUGCUCAUCGCAGCCAAUCAGGUGCUGCGGAGCGGCAUGAAAUAGGAGCGGCGGUACCUCCGGCCUCGACCGCCACCCGACAGGUGGAAAAGAAUGACAGAUAUCAAAGUACACAAAACAACGACAACAAAAGAUCAACAAAUGAACAAAGAAUACAACCAGAGACUCCGGCGUGACAGAGUCGCGGGACUCCACACGUGCAGGAACUUGACUAAACAUACAUAUCACUCUCCGUAAUACGACGUUCAGUGUCCAUCCGCCAUGUGCAUCGGAGCCGCGUCGCAUUCAGUGCGGUGGAAAGCGAUGCAGAGAAGUGAGAAGUGACUGUCCAGUUGUGUGUACCCGGCCAGUUCAUCAGAAACCACAGCAGGAAGGAGCCAGAGGCUGGUGGGCUUUGUAGUAGGGUGCGAGGCCUGGAAGCGCACAGAGCUGUGGGGGCUGGGGGGGGCGCUUAGGUGAAGCGGGUUCGACAGUUGUUGUGUUCCCCACGGAUCGGUGGCUGGCUGGACAUGCAGUAUACACACACUCUCUCUCUCUCUCUCUCUCUCUCUCGCUCCACUGCGGGUCUUGGCGGGCCUUCAGAGAAUGACCGUCAUCUAUGCAUGAAAUGCAUGGAUUUAGUCGUCUUGACACGUUUGUGAAAAGUUCUUCUCAAUGUAUGAAUCAUUGUGACUGUGUAACAGGUGUUUUCAAUUCCUCAAUGACAACUGUGAGCAACUGUGGGUUCGGUAUCGUGGAAUCGGCAAUUACAACAGAAGCAACGCAUACGACUGCAUGAAAAACAAGGGCUGCUUUAGUGUAUGAUCGUAAAAAAGAAAAUUUCAAAAAAGAUUUCCUGGGUAGCU